CAUAGUUUUUGUUACGCUAUGAAUUUAAUCCUUUAUACCAAAGAUAAGGUGUAGGCAAAGAAUAACAAUUUUAAUGAAACAACGCAAAAUGCGCAAAAAAAUUAUGUUUAUACAAAUUUGAAAUGAAGAUUUAUGUUUUAUUCUGGUACAUUGCGAUAUUACAAAGUGAUGUAUCGGCGCUACGCCCGACCACUCCGAUGCGGCCUCCCGAGGAAAACCAGGCUGCUAAAGUCAACCAGAUGAUCAGUUUUAUAAACAUACUGAAGAAACGAGUUGGUUUUAUAGGAUACGGCGACAAUCGCAGGUCCGUAUUAGCACGUAUAGAUGAAAUAAAGCCAUGGGUAGCGAGUUUAUACAAUAAAAUAAUGAAGCCUGGAGGCGAGUCGGAGACCAAAGAGAAUGCUCAGAAGAUGGCGAACACUGCGAGGUACCAGGUGAUAAAGAAUCCAGAGGUUUUGGAUGAGUUUAGCGGAAAGAAGAUUAAGAAAGAAAGAAAGAAGAAAAUUAGAAGACCAUCAUACGAGUCUUCAGCAUCUUCAGACUCUGUGUCUGAAAUAAAGUCUUCUUCUGUAGAAGACACAUACAAUGCUGCAGGUGCAGGCCGCACAAAGACCUUGGAAAGGAGAUACGAAAUGGAGUUUAUACCCGAUCCAGAAUUCAAUAUGGAAGAUUUUAUUCUUGGUAAGAAGAAAGAUGAAUUUGGUCAACUGAUUCUAAAGAACCAGGAAGAUGUUACAUUCAAACCUGAUGAUGACAAGGCCCCACAAUUUGAACCCGAUUUAGACUUUAACGUCAACCAGAAGGAUAAAGUACCAAAAUCAAUAUUUGGUGAAACAUUGAAAGAUAUCAAGAGCUUUGAAGUUGAACUGACAAGCGAAAAUGCACCGAAAGCUGAUGAUAAUAAAGAUGAAAAUGACGUGAAGGAAUAUAUUGUUAAGGAAGAAGAAGUUAGGAAUGACCAUCAUAAGACAAAACCUCUUGAACCUAAAAUAGAAGAAGGAGAUUACGAUAGAGGGACGUAUCAAAAACACAGUCAAGAAGAAACUCCUUCUAAAACAGAAGAUACUGUGACUAAAAAAGAUCUAAAUUACCAAGUACACGAAAUAAAAGAAACAGAAUUAAAUUCUAAAGAGAAAAUAGAAGACGAAAAAGAAUUUGAGGACAAUAAGAGAUUUUUAAAAGAACAAAGAUUGACAUUUGCAGAAGUGAAAACAGAACAGAAGGAAGAUAACGCACAAGAUGAAACAAUUGAUCUACAGAAGACUAAAGAUAAAGAUAAAGAUUUAGAUGAUAAACAGCAAAAAGAUAAAAAAACUGAAAAGUUGGAAUCAGAUGAACGGAAACCUACAACAAAUGAAUGGAAUUUGAAAGGGAAAGAGAAUGAAUAUAAAUACGAAGGUACAGAAAGAGUAAAAGAGAAGGAAAACAUCAAAAGGAAUCGUGACGAAAACGAGGAUGAUUAUAAUAAAAGAGAUAGAGAACGCGAUGAGAAUGGUAAUGGUAAUUGGAAUAAUGAUAAAAAAUAUAACAAUGACAACCAACAGAAAAUUGAAUGGACUAAAGAUGAUGACAGAAAUAUAAAAGACAGCGAUAAAAUAAAGGACAAUGAUGAUUGGAAUGAGAGAAAAGUGAAGCAAAGUCAUAAUGAAUAUGAUAAAACUGAUGAUAGACAAAGAUAUGACGAGAAAGUAAAGAAAAAUGAUGAUCAAGGUCGUGAUGAUGAUUGGGAUAAUAAGCGCAACGAUAGAGAUAGAAAUGAUAAUAGUUGGGAUAAUAAGCAUAACGAUAGAGCCAACGAUAAUAAUUGGGAUAAUAAACACGACGAUAGAUACAAAAACGAUAAUAAGCAUAAUGAUAGAGACAGAAAAGAUAACGAUUGGGAUAAUAAGCAUAACGAUAGAGACAAAAACGAUAACGAUUGGGAUAAUAAGCAUAACGAUAGAGGAAACGACAAUAGUUGGGAUAAUAAACAUAACGACCACGAUAAUAGAAAUAAAAACGAUAAUAAGCAUGAUGAUAAUGAAAAUAAUUGGGAUAAUAAGCAUAAUGAUAGAGAUAAAAACGAUAAUAAUUGGGAUAAUAAGCAUAACGAUAAUGACAAUAAUUGGGAUAAUAAACAUGACGAUAGAGAUAGGAACGACAAUGAUUGGAAUAUUAAGCACGAUAAUAGAGACAAACACGAUAAUAAGCAUAAUGAUAGAGACAACGAGAAUAAUUGGGAUAAUAAACACAAUGAUAGAGAUAGAAAUGAUAAUGACUGGAAGAAUAAAAACAACGACAGAGACCGAAACGACAAUAAUUGGGAUAAUAAGCAUAACGAUAGAGACAACGACAAUAAUAGUUGGGAUAAUAAACACGACAAUAAAGACAACAUUGAUAAUAAUUGGGAUAAUAGGCAUAAUGAUAGGGACAGAAACAAUGAUAAUUGGGAUAACAAAGAAUCCAAUAGACAUAAAAAUAACGACUGGGGUUCCAAAAACAAUGACUGGAACACGAAAAAUGAAAAAGAUGAUUGGACAACUAAAAGAGACGAAUGGGAGACAAAAAGAGACAAUUAUGCUAAAAUAGACGACAGACAAGAGAAAAACAUCGAUUGGGAUAGAAAAAAUGAUGAACACACAACUAAAAGAGACGAUUGGAACACAAAAAGAGAAGAUUUAAUAGAAAAAGAGACAGAUUGGAAUACUAGAAUAGACGCUUGGAACGAAAAAGCAAAUUGGAACAAGAAAAAUAAUGAAUAUAAUAUAGACAAAACGAACUAUUGGGAUAGAAAUGAUAAAACAAAGAGAAAGGAUAACUGGGAUGACGAUGGCGAUUGGCAGAGAGAAGACAGAAUAAGCAAGAAAAAGCACAGCGUAGAAAAAGAAGACGAAAACGAUUGGACGGAAUACAGCGUUGAUAGUAAAAAGAGGGAAACGACUGAAUCAAACUAUUGGCAAACAGUCACUGAAGGAGCGAAAACAAAAGAUUGGAAACUGAAUGACAUAAAGAAGGCUUUAAAACAAGGUAACUUGGAGUCUUUAAAAUCAAAGGAGAAAGAGAAAGAGUUUAAUUUUGAUAAGGAAACGCCGUCGACAAAGAAGAGUAAGAGCUCUUGGGAUGACUAUGUUCCGAAACGGAUUGAUAUUAAUAGUUUUAAGCCUUUAAAAAACAAAGUGAGAGGUAGUUAUGAAAGGCCUAAGAAUAAUCAGCCUCCUCACGCCGCUUUUGGGCGUACGCCUAUCCCAUUUGCUGGGAAGAAACGUAUAUAUGCUGAUAAAUAA